UCUCCCACAGGGCGAUAUGGGUCUUCAAGGUCUGCCUGGUCUAAGUGUGGAGAAAGAGGGACUCAAGGGAGAUCAGGGAUCCCCUGGGUUGCCAGGUCAGAAGGGGGCUCUAGGCAAAGAGGGAAAAAGGGGUCGUCGAGGGAAGACGGGGGACCCUGGACCCAGAGGCCUGCCUGGGGUGAAGGGUGACUCUGGAAUCCCAGGAGACAAAGGAGAUCAAGGUGAUCCGGGUCAGCCUGGUGGAGACGGGGCCUCUGGGAUGAAAGGACAGAAGGGGGAAGAAGGCCAGAGAGGACCACCAGGACCGGAAAUGACAGCUCAUGGACUGAGACAUCUGUCUGGCUCUGAGGCUGAAUCAGGAGACAAGGGCCAGAAAGGAGAAAUGGGUGAUCCUGGUAAAGAAGGUCCUCGUGGACUCAUCGGACUCCCAGGGAUUGCAGGAGAGACGGGAUCGUCGGGGGACCAGGGAUCACCUGGUAGAGACGGUCUGAAAGGAAACAAGGGGGACUCUGGAGAUGUGAUGGGACCCCAGGGCCUGCCUGGACCCAAGGGAGAGCCUGGAGAGCCAGUAGCUGAACAUCUG